AUGCUGACAAACUGGUCUCUGGGCUCUGAACAUGUUAGCUCUCCCCCGCCGCUAUGUGCGUCUGGGCGCACUGCAGACCUGCAGGCAAUCCUGGGGACCAUCCAAGACGCCCAGAGCUUUGUCUACAUCGCGGUCAUGAACUACCUGCCCACCAUGGAGUUCUCACACCCCAAGAAGUAUUGGUCCAGUAUAGACUCGGCUCUCCGCACUGUGGCGUACGAGCGGCGUGUGGCUGUGCGCCUGCUGGUCAGCUGCUGGGCCAGCACUCAGCCCCUCAUGUUCCCCUUCCUGCGGUCCCUGGCUUCACUGCAGGACCCCCGCAGCAAGCUGGACAUCCAAGUGAGAAUCUUUGUGGUUCCAUCAAGCCCAGCGCAGAAGAAAAUCCCCUUUGCCAGAGUCAACCACAACAAGUACAUGGUGACCGACAGAACAGCUUACAUUGGGACAUCAAACUGGUCUGGGGACUACUUUGUGAACACCGCGGGCGUGGCUCUGCUGGUGCAACAGCCCCCUGCAGGGGCCCCAGUGUCUCCUGGGACGGUCCAGGCGCAGUUGCAGCAGGUGUUUGAGCGGGACUGGAGCUCCUCCUACAGCUCUCCUUUGCCCCAGAGCAGGAACGGCUUGGACAUGUGUGCAGUGUGA